AGGAUAAGUGCGUUGUCAGACGAUUUGCUAGUGCAGAUAUUGUCGUUAGUCCCAACAAAAGACGCAGUGACAACCAUGGUUCUGUCGAAACGAUGGCGUUUUGUUUGGAAUAUGAUGACUAAGCUUGAAUACACGGAAAGCUACAAAGCCGAGAAGAACGUUAGUGACUUACUUAACAAGUCACUGCAACUGCUCAAGACACCGUUACUAGAAAGCUUACGUAUCCAACUCGGUAAACAACGUCCCGUUGAUGCAGAUGUAGUAAAGUGGGUCUCAAACGCAGUUAACCGGUGCGUUCGAGAGCUAAAGCUAAAGUUCGACUUUCCUUUGACCACAUAUCCUACCACUACCAGCUUGCCUAAGAGAUUUUACACCUGCAAGACGCUUGUCAAAUUGACUCUAUCCUACAACAUUCUCGUUGAUGUUCCUUCCAAGGCUUGCCUCCCCUCGCUUCAAUCGAUGUGCCUCAAAUGCGUGGUGUAUAAAGACCAAGAUUCUCAUGUUAUGCUUUUAUCGAGCUGCCCUGUUCUCAAAGAUUUGGUCGUGGUCCGAAAAACUGUUGAUAAUAUGACAAGGUCCAGUGUGAAAGUUCCUUCUUUACAGAGGUUAACAUACAUAGAUUGUAGUGCAGACCGAGUUUCUCGUAGGUCUUUGGCUGUAGAUUCCCCAGGAUUAAGUUGCCUGAACAUCUUUGAUCCUUUCGGAGUCAAUUGCUCGAUCCAGAAUAUGCCUCGUCUUGAUGAAGCGGUUCUGAGUGUUGUUACUUCUCGCUUUGAUUCUAAAUCGUUUUCCUCUGUCAUGUUUCUCAGUUUGUGUUUGAUCCAGGUUGCGAGUUGUAGCGCAAGUAACUUCUCUAGGCUCGUAGAGUUGAAAGCUGCGUCCAUGUUACUCAGAGCGUCGUUGGCUUAUACCGAAACCGACUAUUCACUUUCGUGGGAGCAACCGAGUACUGUACCGGGAUGCUUGUUGUCUCAUCUUGAGAUCUUUGAGUGGGCAGAAUUUGGAGGAGGAUUACAAGAGAAACAGUUCUUGACUUUCAUUCUCGCAAACUCAGCGUGUUUAAAGACGGCGGGAAUCUCCAUUAGAUCUUUCUACCAUAUCAAGGCGAAGCAGGAGAUGAUGGAGGAGUUAGAAUCUAUGUAUAGGGUUUCAGUAUCAUGUCAGCUUCUUUUCACUGCUAAAUUUAGCAAUGGAGAUUCAAACUCAUAUAGCGAUUGUCUAAACGCUUUUGGACUACUUUAA